GGCAGAGAGAGGGACUUUCCCUAGACAGACCUAACCCCCAGCCACAGAGAACACAGUCUGCAGAGAGAGAAGACCAAACUACUGAGCUCUCCCUCAGAGAUAUUCAGGAGAGACCAGAACUAAAGACUCAGGACUAGACCCAGACAUCCAGGACCCAACACCUAGGACCCAGGGCUCUUUAACUAGGCCCAGGAUUCUGACCCAAACCCAACACCCAGACCCAGGACUAGACCCAGACAUCCAACCCCAGAACCAGGGAGAGACCAGGGUACUCUGACCCAUAAAGGAUCUAGGAGCGGGUUCUGUUACACAGGAACUCUCCAUACCCAGCCAUGCCUGCCCCUGGAGGAACAGAUCCUAAGGGGGAGGAUUUCUCCACUGCUAUCCUGAAGCAGAAACACAGACCCAAUAGACUGGUGGUGGAUGAAGCCCACAAUGAAGACAACAGCAUCGUCAGCCUCUCACAGGCGAAGACAGAGGAGCUGCAGUUGUUCCGUGGCGACACGGUGGUCCUGCGGGGGAGGAAGCGGCGUGAGACGGUGUGUAUCGUGUUGACAGACGACACCUGUCCAGACGAACGCGUCCGCAUGAACCGCGUCACACGCAACAACCUGAGGGUACGCCUCGGUGAUGUCAUCAGUGUCCAUGCAUGCCCAGAUGUGAAGUACGGUGUGCGUAUCCAUGUCCUGCCGAUAGACUGA